AACUGGCACUGACAAGAAAACAAAUAUAGUUUGAUGGUCAGUGCUAAAAAUAAUCUUUAGCCAUCCCCUCCAAUGAAGGAAAUUCCUACCACACCUCAAACCAAAAAUUAGAGAAAGAGAGUUAAGCCACAUAUUUUCACCAGAGUAAAAUUAUACCCUUACUCAUAUAAUCUAUUCUGUUCAACAAGGAAUACUUCAUUCUCCAGAACCUUUUGCAGAAAAAUUAUACUUCAUGAAAUGCUUAUAUGUACAAGACAACACCUAUCUUGAGGGCAUCACCUUCUAGACUCCCUGGCAUAUUCAUUGGCAGAAAACCACCAAACAAUUUUCAGGAUACAAUAUGCAGAAAAUGAAUGUGGCAAAACCAAUCCAACUGUUAACUAUUUUUCUUCUUUUUGAAGUAUCAGUAUUUGGCCAAUAUGACAGUGAUGAUUUUGAGGAUGAAUAUGAACGUGAAGUGGAUAGUGAAUAUCCAUCUAUUUUUCAUCAGAUUCCUCAUGUAGAAUAUAACAUUCCUUACGCCACCAUACCUGUCGAGUGUGCCAAAGAAUGCUUUUGUCCACCUACUUUCCCAGUAUCCAUGUACUGUGAUCAUCGCAAGCUUCUGACAAUACCAAACAUUCCUGCUCACAUCCAGCACCUUUAUCUGCAGCAUAAUGAGAUUGAAGCAGUGCCUCUGGAAUCCUUUGUUAAUGCUACAGCUUUGAGAGAAAUUGAUCUCAGCCACAACAAAAUCAAGUCUCAUAAGAUUGACAAUGGUGUAUUUGCCAAAUUUGCACACCUCAGGCAACUUCAUUUACAUCAUAAUGAGUUAGAAGAAAUUCCAUUCCCUUUACCCAGAAGCUUAGAACGGUUGAUCCUGGGUUUCAAUCAAAUUUCCAAGUCACACAGCAAAGCCUUAGAAGGUUUAAUGCAUUUAACAAUGCUUGACCUCUGCAAUAACUGUCUUGAGGAUUCCCAGCUCAAAGGAAUAGGCUUUUCAAGCAUGAGAAACCUAAUGCAGAUUAACCUCUGCAACAACAAACUAGAGUCUAUGCUUCCAGAUCUACCACCUUCAAUUAUGUAUCUUUCACUUGAAAAUAACUCAAUUUCUUUCAUUCCAGAUAAUUACUUCCACAAUCUUCCAAAUCUUACUGCUCUGAGAAUGUCACACAAUAAUCUCCAAGAAAUUCCGUAUAAUGCUUUUAUUUUUUCUAAUCUUCUGGAACUUAAUCUUGGACAUAACAAAUUGAAACAAAUAUUCUAUAUUCCAAGAAGCCUACAACAUUUAUACUUAGAAGAUAAUGAAAUAGAAGUCAUGAACGUUACUUUAAUGUGUCCCACUAUUGAUCCGCUGAACCUCAGUCAUUUAACGUAUAUACGAGUGGACCAAAACAAGCUUACAGCUCCAAUAAGCACCUAUGCAUUCUUCUGCUUUCCACAUGUACGGAGCAUUUAUUAUGGAGAACAAAAAAUUAGCAAAGAUCAACAAACCCAAUUGAGAACCCCUGUGUUCCGAAGAUUUCUAACUCCAGAAGAAUAUGAAGAAGCAGAAGAUGUUCAUGAAGAACAAGAUGAAAAUCAUGAUCACGAAUCCAGAGGAAGUGACAAUGACAACUACCUUGAUCCUUACUUCUAUUAAUAAUUUUAAGAGGUAGUAAAACUAACAAACAAAAAAAUAAUGCCAACUAUAAAAGAAAACAGAAUUAACUGGAAAAUGCAGUAAAUCAUCUGAAGCCAAUCAAUAUAUUUUGUAGCAUGUAGAAACUAUUUUUAUAUAGCAAAUCUCAAUAGCCAUCGAAAUAGUAUUUCUCAGAUUUUCAAACUAUUAAUAGCAGACUAUGAAAAUAUUUUAAAUAUCAUAGAAACAUUUAGGUGAAUAAAACAAAUGCCAUGACAAUUUUGCUGGUAUAAUGUUGGUAUGAUAAUGAUAAUGUCUAAAUCCUGAUAUAUUUGAAAUUGCAAUGACAUGCUAAAGUUAUCUAAAAUACAUGUUAUUUUUAGUUUGAAUACAUUUUCGAAGUUACAGUUUAGUCAGAAUCCCAGUUAGAUUUGCAGCAAAACCAUUAGUAGGUUUAAAAGUCUCUCCAUAUUUCAGUUGUCAGGCAUUUGACCAUUUUAUGGUGUAUGUAUGUAGGGAUGUGUGUGUAACAUAAAAUCCAUAUAGUAAUACCUUUUGCCAAAAUUCACAUUUUGCCACUUCAUAAAUAUUAAAUUAUUUAGGAGAUAUCCAUUGACUCAGAAGAAUAUACUGAAGUAAUACUCAAGUGAAACAGCUGGCUAGUAGGAAUUAGUUCACUUAAAAACCACAAAACAAUUUGAAUCCAAAGAUAUAUUAAUAAUAUCAAUAAUAAAAGGAUCAACGAUCUUCUCAGUUGACAGGACUCCAAAAAAUAAAAAUGAAAACUGACUAAAAUCUUAAGACAUCAUCAGAUUUCACACAAUCUUACUAACCUUACUCCUGAGAUUUAAGAUUUGCUAUCUCUCUUGAGAAAUAAUCCAUAAUUCAUCCUGCUGUAUACCAUUUCAGGAGAUUUUGGUCCAUCACGCCAUCUUUUUGCCCACAGGCAUUACUGACCUUUUCAGGUCCUGCAAAACCAUUGUGGAUAUCAUGAGCACUUUGCCACAAGUCCAACUGCUCACUCUGGCUAUAAUGUUUCAAGUACAUUUAAUAAGUAACUUAUGUUUGUUACAGAAUAUAAAAUAUAUCUAGGAUGCAGUCUACAUCAACUAAACUAUCAACAAACAACAUGCAAAUACACACAUAUUGCAACACAGGGAAAAAUCAACAGACUUGGCUUAUAUUCACUUCAGGCUAUUAAAAGUGUUAUUUUAAAAAAAUACAUGGUAUUUUUAAUCUCACUUUUAUUUCACCUUCAUAUAUGGAUUUUAAUCAGAUAGAUAACAACAAAUAUUUAAACAUAUAUUGUGUUUAGAAAGUUAUAAGAUGUUACAAAUAAAUUAAUAUAUGAUUCAAGAACAUAGAUUUUUUUUCUAGCAAAUUAUGUUGCCUCUAUAUUAAAUUGAGAUAACAAUAAACACUGGUGCACGAAAAAGAUAGAAUUUAAUUUUGGUAAUCUUUAUUUUCCUUUUCUAAAUACUAAACAUAAUUUUUGUGAUCUUGUUUUGAAAUGCUUAAGAAACCAUACUAGUUCAUAAAAAUGACUAACAUUUAACAGAUAUUCUGUAUUCUUAAAGAUUACGUAUAAUGUGCUAGCAUUCCACAGAAAUAAAUAAUCAGCUUCUUUUCUGUUUAUUGUUUUAUAAAGCUAUGAAUUGAAAACUGAACAUAUCCUUUUGGGAACACUUCAGAAGACUGAUGUAAGAGCUAACAGCAAAAGCCAUUUAGAAAAAUUGGAUUACAUAAUUGUACUUAUAGAGAUAUAUACAAUAUUAAAUCAUCUGACUAAGUAUCUCUGAUAAUACAUGCCAUAAGUUGUAGAUUUUGAUUUAAUGAGGAUGCUAUCAAUAAAUUUUGUUAACUACAGUUGUGUUGUUUUAAGAGCUUAGCUAAAUUAGCUAGUAUAUUUGA